AUGGCUGCAUCGUCAACGAAAAAAUUGAUUGAAAAUGCGCAAAUUAUUCCAUCUAAAGGCGUGCAUCGUUAUACAAUUAUUUGGAUAUAUGGUUUAGGUGGUAAUGCAGAUGGUUAUACAGAAGUAUUUAUUAAAAUGCAACCACCAAAUACAAGAAUUAUACUACCAAAAGCAACGAAACGAUGGGUAACUAUUCUAGGUCGUCAAUAUUAUUUAGAAAGUUGGUGGGAACGUGAUGAUGCAUGUGUAGAAGAAGGUACAAUAAUAAUGGAAAAACUAAAAGAACUGAUUGAUGAUGAAAUAAAACUUGUUAAAAAUGCAUCAAAUAUUAUUAUUGGAGGAUUUAGCCAAGGUGGUUGUAUAUCAUUAACAACUGGUUUAACAUAUUCCAAACAACAAUUAGGUGGUAUUAUAUGUUGUGGUGGUAUUUUUAUAAAGGAAGAAAAACUACUAGAAAAAAUAAGUGAAUACAGCAAAACAAUACCUAUUUUAUCAAUACAUGGAAAAAAAGAUGAUAUAUUUAAAUGGGAUGAUGUUGAAGCUAGCCUUGAAUUACUUAAACAGAAAGGUGUCGGUGAUAAUAUGGAAGUUUUAGCAGAAGAUGACGUCGCACAUAUUAUUAGUCCACAAGGAUUUGAUUUAAUUUCAAAGUUUAUUAAGAAACAAUUUAAAAUAUAA